AAAGCAAAUCAUUUUAUACACUGACACCACAUUUAGACAGAAGUGAAAAAGACCCAGGACGAAGACAAAAUGUACAGCAUCUACAUGAUACUCUUUCUCUUUCUUCAUGAAGUCUGUGAAUAUAAUUGCAGUGUUGCUCAUGUGGAUCAGGUUUUAACCGCUCAAGAGGGGGACCGUGUGUUGUUAUCUUGUCUUAUUUUAGAUGAUCAGUUACACCGUGCAUUAUGGUAUAAACAGGUUCUUGGAGAGAAUCCUGUCCUAGUAGUGUCUUCAUAUCACUACUCUCAUCCGAAUGAAUUUUCUCCAGACUUUAAAGAAACUCAACGUUUUUAUGCAGUGCGAACAGCUGAUAGUUUUAACUUAACCAUCCGGAGGACUUUGAAAUCUGAUUCAGGCUCGUAUUUCUGUGCCGCUUCCUUAGCCAAUAUUGUUUCCUUUGGGACCGGAACUAUUCUGCUGGUUAAAGGUGCAGACCUCAAACCUGCUGUUAUACAACAGCCUGUGCUUGGUGUUAUAAAGCCAGGAAGCAAUGUGACUCUGCAGUGCUCAGUGCAAGUGAAAAUGUGUGAUAAAGGAGUACAAUUAGUCUACUGGUUCAGACAGAGUUCGGACUCAAUCCACUCAGGAAUAAUUUACACUCAUGGAGACAUGAAAAAUGAGUGUGGAAAGAACGUUGCAGCCUCCACUUCUGAUACACAAAGCUGUCUCUACAACCUCCCCAAGAUGAAUGUUGGUCUCUCUGAUGCUGGAAUGUACUACUGCGCUGUGGUAACUUGUGAUGAAAUUUUAUUUGGAAACGGCACAGCAUUGGUCAUAGAAGAUAAAUUUAAUAAUAAGAGUAUGCUGUAUAUUAUUUUAAUUGGACUUGCAGUGCUGUGUAUAAUCAGCCUUACUAUCAAUAUGUUGCUCUGUUUACCAAUGAGAAGAAAAGGAAGAAUGCCUCAACAAAUCCAGACUACUAAUGACAAUACAACCAGAGUUCAGCACUGCAAUACUGAUGACAUUAACUAUGCUGCCCUGAACCUUUCCACAAAAAGAGGUCAGAGGAAGAGGACCUUAGAGGAGACACCGUACUCUAGGCCGAUGUUAUGAGAUAAUACCUGAAACCUGCUGCUGAUUGUCAAAACGUACCGUAAUAUUUAACACAAACUCCAGGAGUGCAUUAAUAAUAUAUCACAUUUGUGUCUAUAAUGAUAAAACUGCCUAUAUGCACUUGGCACUUGGCAUGCUUAUUCUGCUAUGUGUUAAACGUGUUUUUUCAAGAAACGUGCUGUGAGUGUUAACAUUAACACUUCUGAGAGACUUGUGUAAGGGAAACAAUGUGCAAAAUGAUAUAAAAGCAUAACCACAUCCUGUAAGGGUUUGACAAGAUGUGAAAGUAGUGUGUACAUCCACUUGAAUAAACAUUCAACUUCGGUUAAUUAGAUUUAGGUCAAGCUUCUAAUUCGGUUAUUUAUCCUCAACACUAUAUGGUUACUUUCUCAGAGCAUGUGUGUUGAAUAGUUCAUCCUACAAUGCAAUGCACUCGAUUUGACCUUCCAUUUCCAGUGAAUGUAGGACAGGAAAUAACAACUAUGAUAUUUAACAUAUUCUUCUUUACUUAUGAUGUGAUCAGACUGAAAAUAAUUAAAUUCAACACGAGUCACCAUUUGUAACCCAUUUGACUUCUGUAAUGUGACAUACUUCAUGUUGAUAUUCAACGAGGGGGGAAAAAUAGGGGUUAAUUUUCAUACAAAUCAUGGAACUGGUUUCCUUAGUUGCAGUGGAAGGCUUGAAAAAUAAGUGGGAUUAGUGAUGCUGAAAAAAGGAAUGUGGUUUCAGAGUUGUAGGAAACUUUUUUUCCUUUUUUUUUUGGAAUAACAUGCCGUGAUGAACUAUGGAUUAAUGCUGACCAGCCAUUUUAUUUCCAAUACAAGAACAGGAUGCAACUGCUGAAUUAAAAUCACCUGAAACAUUGCAAUAGCCUUUUCUUACCUAUUGUGAUGUAUAACCAAGUGAAAUAGCUUCUCAAACAAGAAAAAAACCUAGAGAAGGACUUGCUUUUGUCCAUUGAGAAUUAAUUGGAUGGUUGUGGUUUUGCUAUUGGUUGAUCUCAUGUUAGUGGCAGGUUGUCCCGCCCUCAAACCAGUAAACAUGUCAUCAGAGAAAAGAAGAGAUGUCACCGCAAGAGAGAGGGGAAGUUAUUUUGAUUCAAGAUUAUGAGGGCAUUUAUAUUUAAAAAAAAAAAAAAAAAAAAUUAUGUGCACAGAUAUAUCAUUUAUAAUAAAUACCAUAAAAUUCAAUUUAAAAAAAUAAUUGUUAAUAUGUCAUAGUGAUUUUAAACAUGCAACAUGAUGAGGUCAUAUGACAACUAUUAUAAGCUACCAGGUGAUGGCAGUGAGGGAUCACAAAAAUAGUAAAACAGACAUAUUGUUUUAUCUUGAUUUACAACAUAUUAUGCCUAUAUAAUGCACUUACAAUAUUCAUUCAUCAUUAUAAUAAGACUAGAGUCUAAGUAUAAGUAAGUAGAGUACAUAUAAUCACCCAGCACAUGCCUUCAUUUUCAUUCAUUUGAAUAUUAUAAUACAACAGUUUUGUUUUAAUGUUCAUAACUCAUCUGUUUCUUUCAGGGUUUAAAAUUAUGAGUUAAUAUUCCAGUUCUUGAAUCACUAUGCUACCAAAAGCUCCACCAAGAAAUUCCAUACAGACCUGUUUUGUUGUUUGUUGUAUACCGCCACUAAAAUUUUACCCUUAUCACUUGUAUACUGUAAAGUGGAAUGUAUCAUAUUCAUCACAAUAUUCAAGAUUAAACUGAUUUUAUGUUUCUUUGUGUGAGUACACAUA